AAGGGUCGCUCCCUGGAAACUCCCUCCCUCUCCCUCUCACUAGGUCGGUGCUGAAACGCUCUCAAAUUUCAGGGAGCCCCACAUGGAUCGGAGCUGGGAUGACCAAGAAGGCGACUGGUACGGUAGAAAAACCUCCACCGCCUUUGACCGAUCUUUCUGGAUUUUUAUCGAACACCUAGUCGGCGUAACUAUUCGAACCCCUUAUAUACCCACUCCCAAGCUCCCCAAACUGCCAUUUUUCCACCCACCACACCCACCUUCCCUUUCCCCUCUCUCUCUCUCUGUCUUACCCAGUUCACCGCCAUUAACAAAGAGUGAGAAUUGCGUUCUAUGAGCCCAAAAGACGAAAGCCACCCAAAGUCUCCACCCACUUCAGCUGAAUUCGACCCAGAAUCAAUUGGGUUGUCCGAAUUUCGACCCCAAGUGUCGGCACCGUUACUGGGUUCUCAGCCGAUUCCUUCGUUCACUUCUCCUGUAAUGGAAUUCGAAGCCUUCUCUUCUGUAAACCCAUUGGGUGCUUUUGACUUCGCUGAAAAAGUUUCAAUUCCAACGUCGUCUAUGGGCGGCGGUGGUGCGGAGGACGUGGUUGUUCCGCCGCAGCCACUGGAAUGUCUGCAGGACACUCCGGUGCCUCCGUUUCUGUCCAAGACUUUCGAUUUGGUCGAGGACCCCUCGCUGGAUUCGAUCAUAUCGUGGGGCUCCGGUGGCCGCAGCUUCGUGGUGUGGGACCCAUUGGAGUUUUCCAGAUUCAUCUUACCGAGGAACUUCAAGCACAACAAUUUCUCAAGUUUUGUGCGGCAGCUUAAUACUUAUGGUUUUCGCAAGGUUGACACAGAUAAGUGGGAGUUUGCGAAUGAAGCUUUUCAGAAGGGCAAAAGACAUUUGUUGAAGAGGAUCCAGAGGCGCAAGUCACCUCAAUCUCUGCAAGUUGGGAGCUUUACUGGGCCUUCUGCGGAAGCAGGGAAGUCUGGAGUCGAAGGUGAGAUAGAGACAUUGCGGAAAGAGAGGAGUACGUUAAUGCAGGAGGUUGUUGAAUUGCAGCAGCAGCAGCGGGGCACAGUUGACCAUAUGAAGGUAGUGAAUCAGAGGCUUCAGUCUGCGGAGCAGAGACAGAAGCAGAUGGUUUCUUUCUUGACCAAGAUGCUUCAGAACCCGGCAUUCGUGGCCCGACUUCAACAAAAGACUGGACAGAAAGACAUAGGCUCUUCAAGGGUGAGGAGGAAAUUUGUUAAGCAUCAGCAGCAUGAACUCAGUAAGUCAGAUUCAUAUAUGGAAGGCCAGAUUGUGAAGUACCAGCCUGCCUGGAGAAACCAAACCAUAUCCUCUACAGCGCCGGAUUCAUAUCCAGUUCCUUUUGAACAAUCUCCUCAUUAUCCUUCACAAGUUACGACAGGAAAACUGGGUUUGGAUGCUGAAAGCACGGCAUUCCAAUUUGUGGACGCUGCACUAGAUGAAUUAGCAAUCACACAAGGAUUUCUUGAAACACCAGAGCAAGAAGGCGAAGGGGCAUCAAGCAUGGUAACUGAAGAUCCUUUUUUCAAAGGGAAGAGUGUUCUAAGCCCACAACAAGAGGCUAAUCCCGAGCAUUAUGUCUCUUUCGAGGAGGAUUUGGUGAAGGACAGGACUUUUCCAGAACUGUUUUCUCCAGGGAUGGAGAGCAUGAUUAAACAAGAAGACAUAUGGAGCAUGAAUUUUGAUGUCAGUGCCGGUAUGUCAACUUCUAUGAAUGAGUUAUGGGGUAAUCCAGUCAACUAUGAUGUGCCAGAGGUGGGAUUGACGGGUGGAUUGUUAGAUGUCUGGGAUAUCGAUCCUCUGCAAGAGGCAGGAGGGUUGGGAAUCAAUAAGUGGCCAGCCCAUGAAUCUGCAUUUGAUGAGCCUCAGAGUCAAGGUGUCCAGUGUGCAUCUAAAACUACUGAUCCGUAGGGCUGCAUUUGCUGCCCUUUCGGAUCCUAGUCAUUUUAAGUUGCAGGGGUCUAUUAUAUGGACGAUUUAUUAAUGAAUAUAUUAAUUUGAUAGCAAAGUCUUACUCUUUCUUAAUCAUCCGCUUUUAUUCCUUAGAUCUUCGAUUUCCGCCCUGGUAUUUGUUCUUUUCCCAACUCUCUUCUCACCUAUUUUGUAGGUUGCAUUCCAAUUUCCUUCUAGUUGUAGGCUGCAUUAAUCUCAAAGUUCUGUUGCUAACAAAUAAUAGAGCUAUGAAACUGCAGGUCUUUAUCCUCUGGAAAGGUAGCUCGCUUCCACCGGGAAACGGGGUCUUGGAUUUUGCCCUUCUGAGCUCGUGAAAUUCCAGAAAGGUGAACUGUUUGAGUUUAACAGACUUGAUUUCUCCAGUUGGUGUACGAAUACAAACACCGAAGAAGCAUUGAGGUGCAUUACAUUAGUGAAGAGUUGCUUUGAAGAACUGCCAGCCUUCUCAAAAACAGGGAGAAGAAGAUUACCGAACGUUCAAAUUUGAAGCCGGCGAAAUGCGUUAAGAUUAGGCUAAAUCAAAGAUUCAGAUGUCCACUGUCACCAUAAGGUACUUUAUAUUUUUGGGUUCAUCUUUGAUAGUCCGGACAACCGCGUAGUUCAAUCUUGACCAUCAAUUUUUCAUACAAUUUGAUAGCGCCCGAAUCAGCCCAUGCCCAGCCCGAUUUUAAACUUGAUCGGGCUGGUUAGAAUGAAGUAAUAACCUGCUAAAAUCCAACCCGACCUUUACCCGAUCAUUUAUUGUGUUGGGUCGGGUUGGUGCUUCGCCCGACCGUGUCAAAUUCAACUCGAUUUUUAUCUUAAAUUGCUGGGGCAAAUAUUACCUUAUCACACUUCAUAUUAUAUUGGGAGGGCUAUACUUGAAAUUUGAUUUUUGUUUGAACAUUGAAUGAUAGUGUUGCUUUUACGUU